CCGUCCGGCCGACUCCAUCCUCGCAGAGCACAGCAGCGGCUUUAAAAAGCACCUUAUCCCUCCUCCGGGUACCAAAUAGGUCGCUCUGACCUCCCGUAUCCCUCCGCCGCGAACAGGCCGCGGAGGAGCCGCAUCACACCAUCAGCGGGGCAGGGGCAUAAAUGUUGCACAAAAGCCGCUUUGGAGACUUAGUUCACCGCGUUGGAGAGGAUGAGGAAGGACGUGAGGAUAUUACUGGUGGGAGAAUCCAAGGUGGGGAAGACGUCGCUCAUCAUGUCCCUGGUCAGCGAGGAGUUCCCGGAAGUGGUCCCCUACCGAGCCGAGGAGAUCACCAUCCCCGCCGACGUCACGCCGGAGAGAGUUCCCACGCACAUCGUGGACUAUUCAGACGCGGAGCAGACGGACGAGCAGCUGUUCCAGGAGAUCUCCAAGGCAAAUGUCAUUUGCAUCGUCUACGCCGUCAACAACAAGAAGUCCAUAGAGAAGGUGACCAGUCACUGGAUCCCUCUCAUCACUGAGAACACAGACAAGGACAGCAGGGUUCCUCUGAUCCUGGUGGGGAACAAGUCGGACCUGGUGGAACACAGCAGCAUGGAGACCAUUCUGCCCAUCAUGAACCAGUACAGCGAGAUCGAGACCUGCGUGGAGUGCUCCGCCAAGAACCUGAAGAACAUCUCGGAGCUGUUCUACUACGCCCAGAAGGCCGUGCUGCACCCCACGGGCCCGCUGUACUGCCCCGAGAAAAAAGACAUGAAGCCUCUCUGCGUUAAAGCUCUGACUCGGAUCUUCAAAGUGUCGGACCUGGACAACGACGGCGUCCUCAACGACGGCGAGCUCAACUUCUUCCAGCGGACCUGCUUCAACGCUCCGCUGGAGCCGCAGGCGUUGGAGGACGUGAAGAGCGUGGUGAGGAAGAACCUGGUGGACGGCGUCUGCGACAGCGGCCUCACUCUGACAGGUUUCCUGUUCCUGCACACGCUGUUCAUCCAGCGAGGACGACACGAGACCACCUGGACCGUGCUGCGCAGGUUCGGCUACGACGACGACCUGGAGCUCAACCAGGACUACCUGUUCCCCCCGCUGAAGAUUCCUCCAGACUGCACGACCGAGCUCAACCACAACGCCUACCUCUUCCUCCAGAGCGUCUUUGACAAACACGACAAGGACCGUGACUGUGCCUUGUCACCCGAGGAGCUGAAGGACCUGUUUGAUGUGUUUCCCUACAUGCCCUGGGGCCCCGAUGUCAAUAACACCGUCUGCACUAACGAGCAGGGCUGGAUCACCUACCAGGGGUAUCUCUCCCAGUGGACGUUGACGACUUAUCUGGAUGUCCAGCGAUGUCUGGAGUAUUUAGGUUACCUCGGUUACUCAAUAAUCGCCGAGCAGGAGUCACAGGCAGCAGGAAUAACAGUGACCAGAGAUAAGAAGAUUGACCUGCAGAAGAAGCAGACGCAGCGCAGCGUCUUCCGCUGCAACGUCUUUGGAGACGUAGGAAGCGGGAAGAGCGGCUUCCUCCAAGCUUUCCUGGGUAGAAACCUCAUGCGGCAAAACGCGAUUAAAGACGAGCACCGGUCCUACUACGCCAUCAGCACAACCUACGUCUACGGCCAGGAGAAGUACCUGCUGCUUCACGAAGUGUUCCCCGACUUCGACUACCUGUCCGACGACGACCUGUGCUGCGACAUCGUCUGCCUGGUUUAUGACGUCAGCAACCCGUACUCCUUCGAGUACUGCGCCAAAGUCUUCAAGCAAUACUUCAUGGACAGCAAGACGCCGUGCAUGAUGAUCGCGGCCAAGUCGGACCUGCCGGAGGUGAAGCAGGUGUACGGCUGCAGCCCGCUGGAGUUCUGCAGGAGGCACAAGAUGCCGCCGCCGCAGUCCUUCACCUGCAGCGCAGCGGGCGACCCCUGCAGGGACAUCUACACCAAACUCACCACCAUGGCCAUGUACCCACACAUGAGCCAGGCCGACCUGAAGAGCUCCACCUUCUGGCUGAGGGCGAGCGUCGGGGCCUCGGUGUUCGCCGCGCUGGGCUUCGCCAUGUACAGAGUGCUGCUGAAAACGCGGUGAUCCCCCCCGGCUCCAUCCCACGUUGCCACGGUAGCGAACGGAGCCGUUUCCACCCGUCAGAACCUUCAUGCUCCCUGUUUGCAUUUUCAUUUGGUAAAUGAACAUUUUCUGAUAAAUCUCUUGGUUUAGAAGUAAAAGCCGCUCUGUGUAGCGGUACCGGUUCUGCAGACCCGUUUUUCACCCUUGUGGUCACAUGCGAACUGCUACAUAGGGUGGCUUUAAGUUGUGUAAUUUAAAAAAGAAAAAGUGCAAUUUUUUUUCCGGGGGGAGGGUUCACUAACUUAUUUAAUUAUACAUUCAACUGAUUGUCGUGGGGGAAAAAAAUAAUUUAUUUUGUACCAAAUUGCUAAUUUGCUUCAUUUAUCAUUGGCGGUUAAGUAAAGAUAAAUUAUUUAUAUUUAUAUACUAAAAUAAGCUUCAGCUCGAGCGGUAAUUUGGUACAAAGCUAUUUUCUUGGUUGCUUGCUGGUGGAUGUGAUGAAGAGUUCGGCGUCACAUGAUCUAUAAACGGCUUUGUGAUGCGUGAACUAUGUUCUGUAAAUACUGUAUAAAAUUUAAAAGAUGCUUUUUGUUGUUUUUUGUGUAAAUGGGCCACAUUCAGUUCACAUCCGGUUCACAUCCGGUCUAGAUCCGGUUCAGAUCUGGUUCACAUCCGGUUCACGUCCGGUUCACGUUUAAACACGACUGCAGUUUUAUUUGAACAGAUUCCUGUAAUUGUUGGCUUUUUUCAUCCGAACUGAUGUAAAAUGGCCCAAAUGGCACGUUUUGUUGUGUUUUUGUCCGAACGGACUUUGCUGCUGUCGCUCGCGUCUUCCCACGUCGGCCACUUUAACCGUAGUUUGUGCUUCUACGUGGCGCCGUAGCCUCUCCCGCUCGGUAUCAGCCUCUACGCGCUUCCUGCCAGAUAGAUCAACGAUUGUCAUCACCCGAUUUGAGUCGCUACCCGAUUUGAGUCACACAUGCGCAGUCGCGUCCAACAUCGUCGGCCAUCUUGGAAAGCAACAUACGGCAACACCACUUGGACAAACUACAGCGCCAGACUUGAUAGACAAGAUCUAAACACACACUUGUUUUGAUAUACACUACUCACAAUAAGUUAGGGAUAUUAUUAUUUACAUGAUUGCUUUUCCUAUUUGGUCUGAAUUUUAAUGAAAUAAGUAAAAGUUCCCUUUGAUAUUACUAAUGAUGAAUGAGAAGAAACACCAUUUUCAUUAGUUUAAUAUUACCCCAAAAAUGUAGACAAUAAAAAUAAUCUCUCACAAUAUCCCUAACUUAUUGUGAGUAGUGUGUGU